GGCGGUGAUCUCCAUUUAGUUGUCGAGCCGAGGGAAAUCUAAACAGACGAAAAUGCGAGCAUCCGCAGUGUUAGUCGGCCUGCUGCUGGUGGCCAGCUGCUCCUCGAUCCUGGCCAGGCCGCAGGACAGCAGCAGCAGCUCAACCACCAGCACCACCACCCCGAAGCCCGAGGAGUCGACCACCAGCACAACGACGACCACGGAGAAACCCAAGUCGGAGUCCACAACUCCUAGUACCACCACUACUAGCACCAUUCCCAGCACCACCCCCAGCACCACCCCCAGCACCACCCCCAGCACCACUCCUAGCACCACUCCCAGCACCACCCCCAGCACCACUCCUAGCACCACCCCCAGCACCACUCCCAGCACCACCCCCAGCACCACUCCCAGCACCACUCCUAGCACCACUCCCAGCACCACAACCACCACCACCACUCCAAAGCCGGAUGAAGAUGAGGCCGCCAAGCUGCUGCAGCAAUGUGCCGAGCUGACCCACCGGAAGAAGCGCGGUGGUUCGUCCUCUUCCGAAGAGGACGACAGUGGUGAGAAGAAAUCGGCGAAGAAAGAGCGCAAGCAGUUGAAGAAGCUCUGCAAGCAGUUGAAGAAGCAGCAGGAGCGCAAGCAGGAGAAGGCCCAGAAGUCGGCCCUAUCCGAACUGGCCGAUGCCCUGCGAAACUACAACCAGAAGCAGAAGAAUUAAAGAGAGAGUCUUCUAUUUUUUUUAUUUUUUUUAUUUUAUAGUGUAUUUUAUUUUAUUUAACAAAAAUCAACGAAUAAAAAGGUUAUGACAUUUACAAAAAAAAUUGUUUAGA